UAAUUUUUUAGUAACGCCUUCAGGUGAUACGGAAGUUGAAUUGUUGAGAAUUUCAGGUGUUGAAAACUCAUAAAUAAUUUACAGAGUGUUUCCAUUUACGAUGAUAAUAAGCUGACGGAGAAUUGUUCUAUUUUAACUAAAUAUUAGAUAUAUUGCAAUCAAAAGAAUCAACAAUGUUAAUUAUUCCAAAACCAGUAAAACUCAUCACCUUGAAAGUUGUGGUUCUCAUAUCGCUUGUCAAGUUGGUUGCUACACAAUCUGUGAACUGUCCCUGUGAAUCUCAAUCUUUGUGUCGGAUAAAUCAUUUUACUAACCAUAGAGAGGUUACUGUCAUAACAGAAAAGAAAUCUGACUUUAAGAAAUGGACCUGGGAAGGAAUACACAACGUUAUUCAUAUAGUUAAUGAUACAGAAAGUGAGGAUGAAGCAGAUCUUAUGUGUUAUACACAUAGCAAGAAAGCUAACUAUGGAAUUCUGGUAAAAAUGCCAUACAGUGAUGAUAUGAAUAAAUCUGAUUUUGACACAUGGGUAAACAACUCUAUUAAACGUGCAAAGAAAAUGUAUGCCGAAAUCAUAGCAGUGGACUUGUUAGAUAUUGUCGGCAACUGUCACAUGGAUGAGCAUCAUGUACAAAUAGCCUUUAACUUUACCAAUGCCUUUGCCAAAAGGGUUCACCUUCACAAUCAAAAGUUGUCAUGCAUAUUGCCAUGGAAACCACCAUGUUUUGGCUCAAAUUGUGACUUGACUUCAGAAUUGAUAAAAACUGGAACUUGUGAUACCAUAAUGACAAGCCCUGACAGCUUUAUUACAGAUUGUGAUAAACCGUGCAGGGCAAAAGCUACUAUGCCAAUUAGUAAUGUAGUCAUAGGAACAGAUGAAUAUUUGUACCAUUCAAAUGUACCUGCAUCCAUGUUCUUCAUGGGCGUGCCUUGGCAUGGGUAUGAUUAUAAGUGUUCUAAAUACUUAGGUAAUGAUGAAGAUGUUUGUAUGUUACCACAGAAGAAUAACACUUGUGAUUUUCAAUCAAGGAAGAAAAUGACCUUUUAUGACCUUGAUACAACAUACCACAGUUAUUUUGAAAAGAAUCACAAAUGGAGUAAAUUCUACAGUUCUAAUUAUUUCAAUGUUAAUGUUACAAAUGACGGUGAACAUCAAAUCUGGUAUGAGUCUGACCAAAGUUUGUAUGAAAAAUACAAGUUUGCCCUUGACAUGAAACUCAGAGGUGUUGUGAUAUGGACAGUGGAUGACCUUGUGAACUUUGACCAAGGUGAUGCCCAGGAGUGGCAUUGGUUGAUGCACACUAUGAUGGUGACUGGUGAACAUACAGAGGGAGCAGACAUGUCUAAUGCAUUGAAAGCCAUGGCCAUUGGUGUGGGAUGUUUUAUCGGGGGAACAUUAAUUGGAGCCAUAAUAACAACAAUAAUAGCCAGGAAACAGAUGAAGUUGAUGAACAGAAGAUAUCAGCCUCCAUUUCAAAAAGACGAGGAUGAUGAAACUGCAAACUUUCAUGAAGACGAUAAAUAUUUGUGAUAAAACAACUUUAAUACAUGUCAAUUGAAAUAAAUCAACCGGUUAUUUCUAUAGCCGUCCGUUAUAUGUUCAGUAAGUGACUUCAUUUUCCUUUUCAUUUACAUUAGAAAAUCAACACUGUUUGAAACUGUCUUGUGGGUUUUAGAUGCACCUUUGACAAUUUCAUUUUUUGUCAAGAUCAUCAUCAAUCUUUUUAAUACCAAUAUUUCACUGUUUUAAGUCUGAGAUGUAAAUGUUGUUAUGUGUAUUCACCAUAUCAAUUGUUGAUAAAUUUCAAUUUUGUGAUAUUUUUACUGUAAAAUUUUUAUGAACAAUUUUUCAAGAGUUUUGUAGAUUUUGUUUUAACAAGAACAGAAGGUUGUGAAGAGAUUUUUUAUCAGACUAUUUGUUUAUUUUAAGAUAUUUUUUGUGGUUGUGAAUUAAUGCCGUAAUGAAAUAUGUUUAAAUUGAACCAUUUGUUAACUGGAAACAUAUCUUGGAGAACUUCAUUUAAACUAGAUAUUUGAUAUCUGUGUUGACUGGAAAAUUGUAAAAACUGGACUCUGGAGCGGGACAAGUGAUAAAUUCUUUUUAUAGCCAUUAAUUGAAUCUAUAAAUUAACUGUCUAUUCAAAAAACUGGCUUAAAAUCUGUUUUAGUUUGUGACUCUUUUGACAAAUAAUCUUAGUAAAAAAAAACAUUUCUGUAUAAUUCAGAUCAAUUUUAAUCAUAAGAACUUUAGUGAAAAGUGUUGCUGAUAAUCUUGUAAUUUUAGCACAAUGAUCAUGAAAUUAUAUUACUUAAAAAGAGCUUAUUAUACUGUAUAAAUCUGAUUUUUCAUUUAAACUCAAUAAUUUUGAGAUUAAAUUGCAUAAUUUUAAGCGACAUAUUUUUCUUCACUUAGAAUUGGGGAGAUUAUUUACAUCCUUAAAAAAUCGUCAUAAUACACAUUUAAAUGCAAAUUUGAAGAUUUGAUGGAUAUAUUAAACUUAAAUAUUCCCGCUGAAUCCAUCUUAAGUAGUAAUGCAAAACAUCCGGCCAUGUUGAGAAAUGAAAAAAAUAAAGGACAAUGCUUUAAUUGUACUAAGAAGAUAUUUUCCCUUUUAUAUUAAUGUAUACAUAUCAUGAAACUUUAUCUUGUAAUGUGAAUCUGUUGUGUGCUAUAUUCAUAUUGUUAUAUAGCGAGUUAUUUUGUAAUUUAUGUAGGAAACUUAUACAGUUAUGGAUAUAAAAUGUAUAAUUUAUAAAAUGGAAAGUCCAGUAAUUUUCAUCAUCCUGAUUGAUCAUUUUUAUAAUGAAACCAAGAUAAUAAUUCUGCAAAUUUCAUAAAUUUUGAGAGUUGUAAUCCUUACUUACAGUUUUACAAAUUAUCAUUUGACUAAGUUCAGUAUUUACAUAGUAUAUUUGUAUAGGGAUUGGUGUGGUUGAUAUAGAGGCAUUAUUAAAUUAAAUGAUUUAAUAUCAAAUUGAAGAAAAUAUACAGUUAGUUGCAUAUGGUUUAGAUGAAGAAAACUGUAACUUACUAUAUUUACAUACAAAUGUAUAUACAUAUAUCUAUGUUUUAUGUUCAUUGUAAAUUAUGCAAUUUAGAUUGUAUAAGAGGUUAAAAAUCAUGUGUUCAUGAAAUUUUACACAAUUAAUAAUGUUGAAAACUUUUUUAAAUUUAAAUGUAUCUGAAAUUAUGAUAUAAAGGGCCCCAAAAUUACUAGUGUAAAACCAUUGAAACAGGAAAACCAACAGUCUAAUCUAUAUAAAUUCAAAACGAGAAAUAUGUAUAAAUUACAUAAACAAAUGACAACUACUGUACAAGAAGUACUUUUUUGUACACAAAACUGUCAUCAAUUAAUAUCCGAACUGUGUAUAGUGAUUGAAUUAUAGUUUUACAUUUUUAUAUCAGCUUUACAUUGUUUUUUAAUAUUCUGUAAAUACUGUUGUUUAAUUUGUAUUUAUUAUUACCUUAAGCAUAUCUUUCUUUAAGACAUUACAAAUGAAGUUUUAUGUUCAUUGUGUUUUUAAAUUCUUAUUAAAAGAGUCAAUACAGAGGUUGAACAAAAAUCAAAGGGAUAGGGGUGCUAGGAGGGCGUAGUUUAAUUCCUGAAGAAAUAAAACAUUCUCUCCCAGACCUCAAAAAAUAAUCAUUCAUUCCAAAGUCCAGACAAGUGUGAAUUCUGAAUUACCGCAAAAACAAAUCCUAAUACCGACUCCUGAAAACGAAAUAUUGUAGUAUGUAUAUAGACUGUAUAUGUUUUUAGAUUUUGUUUGUUUGUUGAUUCGUUCAUUGUGUAUGCUUGACCAUACAGUGCGUGAAGUUGCAUAAGUUGAACAAAGGGAAAGAUUCAUUUAGUACAAAAUUGAUCAUCAAAUUAGUAAAAUUUAUUUAUUUUAUUGUUUCAAUUUUUGCUUUUGUACUAAAUUUUAAAAAAAAAUCUAUUUUCUAUUUUAAUUUAUAUAAUCAUUCUUAAUUUGUGAUUUUAAACAUUCCAUGCUUUAUGUAAUUCCAGUGUAGAGUGGAUUUAGAACUUUUAGAAUCAUUAAAUAAAAAUAAAUUAAAAAAGUUUUAAUAUUUUGAUCUCAGAGUUGAUAGGACAAAUUGAACAAAGUUAUCUCCCAUUAUUUUAUUUUUUUUUUAAUUUUACACAGCUUUUUUUGCAUAGGUACUAUUUCUGUACUUAAAGUAUGUAGUACUGUAAAUUUACUUUUAAUAUUCAGUACUAUAUAUAAACUCAUCAUAGAUAUCAGGACUAAAUUUUGUAUAAACGCCAGACGCGCGUUUCGUCUACAAAAGACUCAUCAGUGACGCUUGAAUCCAAAAAAGUUAAAAAGGUCAAAUAAAGUACGAAUUUGAAGAGCAUUGAAGACCAAAGUUCAUAAAAGUUUUGCCAAAUACUAUUUUGUUACUUUAAAACUAUUGUAAUAUAAAGGUACCUGUAUUUUACAGUACUUAAUUUGUACUUGAAAAUUAGGUAGUACAGAUUUUUUGUUACUACCAUUACAUUUUCAGCAUUUUGAAAGUUUUUCUAUUUCAAAUCUCUUAAAAUUAUGAUUUUCAAACAUGGAAUAUUGUAUUAUUUCUGUACCAAAAUAUAUAGUACAAAUCAAGCACUGUAAAAUACAAGUACCUAAAUAUUACAAUAAUUUUAAAGUAAAGAAAUAGUACUAUAGAAAUAUUAAAAGUAAACUUCCAGUACUACAUAUUUUUAGUACAGAAAUAGUACCUAUGCAAAAGUAGCUGUGUAAUACUGAUCUCUUAUUUUGGGGUAUUUUUUAAAGGGCAAGACAAAUAAAGUGUUUAACAAAAAAAUAAUGUUGUCACAUGUUAAGAUUAAACAAGAUACAUCCAAAUUAGACCAAAGAAUUUAAUGUUGACAUUUCAUGCAGACGACACAUUAUUGAUCCCAAAUAAGCAUAACUGUUUGACAUUUGACUUGCUGUUUUGAAUGGUAUUGAACUUGGAAAGACGUACUUACCCAACACUUCAAUAUUUACAAUUAUCCAUUAACAUUUUUGUGUAAAAACAUAUGGUUGUGAUGUGAAAUAAUUUUUACACCAUAUUUGUAUUGUUUAUACCAAGAUGACAAGUAUGUAAAAUAUUAAUUUUAUUUUUUUAAUUCAAUUUUAUCUUUUCUUUUUAUGUAAUGUGUGUCAGCAAUUUUGUGUGUUUCAUAUUUAUAAAAUAGACACACUUGAUUGACUUUGUACCUUGCUAAAUGCAGAUUUGUAUUUUUAAAACCAUUGUGUAUGUACAUAACUUCAUAAUGUUUAAUGUAAUUAUAUUUUUUUUACUUAAAUGACACAGGCACAAGUGAUUAUACCAUGCUUACUGUAAUGCAGAUACUUUUAGCGAAACUAUUUUCUUUGUAUAUGUGUAACUUCAGAAUGCCAAAUAUUUUA